UUGUGAACUGAAGUCUCGCGUGUGUGUGACGUCACAGAGCCUUUGGCGCGAUGUGCUACAAAUUUGAAAAUCCGACGACGGACACACACUGUUUGUCCACAGACGGGGCGAAAAGACAAAAACAAGUGGACAAACUUUGGUCCUCGACCGGCGACAUUGCGGCGGACGGGAAAGCGACUAUCAACAAAAUGUCGUGGGACUUUUUCCUGCCCGUUUGUGUGGGCGACCUGGUCAAGACUGGAGGAAUAAACCAAUACGUCGUGCAAGAUGUGGUCUCCCCGAAACAGCUACCGUCCUAUCUUAGCAGAUUCAAGGCAGCAUUGAGAAGCCAAGGGCCUUUGUGCAUCCUAGAACACUUUGACACAGCAUACAGUGUAUUACAGCAUACCCACUCAGUGGAUUUGAGUGUGAAGGAGGACACACUGGAAUUGCUGGUGCAAGUUGUUAACAGCCUGGCGACUUCCCUACCCGUCCUGCUCCUCUCCACCUCUGUCUCGGCGGCAGAGCGUAAGGAAAAGCUCAACGCUGUAAAGAUGAGUGUCUUCCUUCUCUGCAAAAUCACAGAGUACCUCGAAAGUGACUCCUACAGGCAGAGCAUUAUCACGACAUCUGGGAAGAGUGGUAAAAAGACCAAAACUGGCGAGCGACUUCUGCAGUGGGACAGUGAGAGGGACAGUGUUCUUCAGGCCCUCGUGCAGCUCCUCCAGUUGGAUAUCCGCUCCCUGUGGAACCUCUCUCUGGUAGAGGAAGAGUUUAUCAGCUGCGUGACCUGUUGUUGCUACAAACUACUCGAGAAUCCGACCAUCAGUCACGUCAAGAGCAAACCCACCAGAGAUGGUAUUAUCCAUUUGCUUGGAGUGCUCAUCAAGAAGUACAAUCACCUCCUUGGCGCAAGUGUGAAGGUGAUCCAGUUGCUGCAGCACUUUGAGCAGUUGUCAUCCGUCUUUGCGCAAGCUGUGUGCGUGUGGAGUACAGAAUAUGGAAUGAGAGCAAUCAUAGGAGAAGUAAUAAGGGAGAUUGGCCAAAAGUCAAGCGAAGAGCUUGCCAGAGAGGGGUCAGGGGUCAAAGCAUUUGCUGCUUUCCUCUCUGAACUUGGUGCUUUGUUACCAGAAUUACUGAUCCCCAACAUUAGUGUGCUUAUUACCCACCUGGAAGGAGAGAGCCACACAAUGCGCGUGGCCGUGUGUGAGGUACUGGGAGAGAUCCUGGUGCAUGUCCUGUGCGGAGACAAGCUGGACGAGUCCGGAAAGGCUGACCGGGACCGCUUCUUUGACACGCUGCAGGAGCAUCUGCACGACACGCACUCCCAUGUCAGAGCGCGCGUAUUGCAAGUGUACACGCGUAUUGUCAACAGCAAAGCAUUGCCGCUUUGUCGCUACAGUGAGGUGAUGAGUCUUGCUGUUGGGCGCCUGAUGGACAAAUCCAUCAAUGCUGUGAAGAGUGCCAUCCAGCUGCUGGCAGCCUUCAUAGCACACAACCCCUACAGCUGCAAGUUGAGCAGCGCCGAUCUGAAAAAACCUUUGGAGAAAGAGAUGGCUAAACUCAAAGAGAUUAAAGAUAAACUGAUGGAGAAGACACCAGUGCCUGUCAUUAAAGCGUCAGAGCUGUGGGAUGCCAUGGAACCUGAGUUGCACGUCACUGUCCUGUCUGAGCUGGACCUGUUAGGUGAUGCCGAGAGGAAGAAACCUCAAGACGAUGAUGAUGAUGAGAAUGUGGUGGAUGACGACAGGGCCACAGCAGUGAUGAUAGCUCAAUACCUGCGGGUAAACAAGUACAGGAAUGCGGUGCGUCUUUGUGUAAAAGCCCAAAGUUGCUUCCCCAAAUCGGAGAUGUUUGCUGCCUUGUCUACUCUCACUCCAGAGACUCUAAUGAACACGCUGGCUCUGCUCUUCAAAGGGUCUGAUAAGGAUUCUUCUGAGCCCAGCCACAGCUUGCCUCCCACUCCACAGAAGGAGGGCGAUCAAGAGGCAGACGAUGCAGAGCUGAAGAAGCAGGAGAUGUUGGUGCAGUACCUGAGAGAUACAGAAACAUUCGCCCUUCAAGUGGAGAGGGCCAUCUCUGUCAUCAACUCCAUGCUCUACUGGAAAACCACUUCAGUGGUUCAGGAAGCCGUGCAGUUUUGCGUUGCGGUGUGCGAGUUCAGUGUUGCCAACUCUCUCAGCGGAGUAAGGAAGAUGUUGCCAUUGGUUUGGUCGACUGACGCUGCCAUCAAAGAUGCUGUUGUCCAGGCCUACAGGCGCCUCUAUCUCAACCCCCAAGGAGAGACCACCAGGAUGAAAGCUCAGACUCUUGUGGAUAGUCUUUCUGAACUGAUGGUGGAUGCAUCUCUGGGAACAAUUCAGUGUCUUGAGGAAAUUGUGCAGGAGUUUUUCGGCAGUGGCAGCAGUUUGGAGUCGACCGUUGUGCAGGUUUUAUGGGAAAGGUUUACUGGUAAAACUGAAACCUCUGCUCUGUGCAGGCGAUCUGCAGUGCUUCUGCUAGGCAUGGCUACACGGGCUGAAAGGGAGGUGGUCCUCAGUAAUUUGGACACUCUUUGUUCUGUGGCUUUGGGGGAAAAAGUGACUGAGGACUUUCUUUUGGCAAGGGACACCAUUAUCACCAUCUGCAACAUAACCGACCACAUUAGGCAAUCCAGAGUUGCACCGUUCAGACUGCCUCAGGAACAUCAGCUCUUCACCUGCCUCACACAUGCAAUUGCUGAAGGUGCCAUGAUGGAGGACACUCACUGGCAGAGCUUCAUGGAGCAAGCCGUCCGCCUCAUUUACUUUCUGGCUGAAUGCCCCGACCAGCUGUGCUCUCGGCUGCUCCAGCGCACCACCCGACUUCUUUUAGAUCAAGUUGCAGAAGGCCAAGAGGUCAACAAGGAUGGCGAUCAAAUACAAUAUGAUGAAGAGUCUGGUGAACAAGGUGAGUACUCCUAUGUCUUAUCACCGGCUUGUUUUUUGCGGCCUUACCAUGUGUUCUCUCCCGCAGUGAACUGUGUGUGUCUGGCUCAGCUGCUGGCCCUGUGCGGUUCUGUGGCCUUCUGGCAGGUGUCUCACCUUGAGCGUAGUGUAAGCAGUGAGCUGCGAAGGCGCAGAGGAGAGACUGAGGAGAGGGAGGAAAAGGAAAAGGGCCCAUCCAGCAAAGUUAAGCAAACAGCCAAUGACAGCACAAUGGAGGAGGAUCUGGGCUUAGUCGGCGCCUCUGCAGAAGACACAGAGGCCGAGCUCAUCCGCAAGAUCUGUGAGACGGAAUUACUGGCUGAGGAGAACCUCUUGUGUGCGUUUCUUCCCUUGCUAGUGAAAGUCUGCAGCUCCCCUGGACGCUAUUCCCACCCACAGCUCACCACUGCUGCUUGUUUGGCCCUGUCACAGUACAUGAUGAUCAGUCCGUCCGUUUGCGAGGAGCAUUCCCGGCUAAUGUUUACAGUACUGGAGCGCUCUGCUCUUCCUGUCGUCAGGGCCAAUGCCAUCAUUGCCCUGGGAGAUCUCACUGUCCGCUUCCCUAACAUUUUAGAGCCCUGGACACAGAAUUUAUAUGCAAGGCUCAGUGACGAGGUUCCCUCAGUGAGGCAGACAGCCGUGACGGUGCUGACACAAUUGGUGCUUAAGGAUGUUCUUAAGGUCAAGGGUCAAGUCAGUGAAGUGGCCGUGCUGCUAAUUGACCCUGAGCCUCACAUUGCCAGCCUAGCCCUCAACUUCUUCAAUGAGCUGGCCACCAAGGAUAAUGCAAUUUACAACCUGCUUCCGGACAUAAUCAGUCGUCUAUCCGACCCUGAGAGAGGCAUGAGCUCUGAGGACUUCAACACCAUCAUGAAGCAGCUCUUCUCCUACAUCACCAAAGAAAGGCAGACCGAGUCUCUGGUGGAGAAACUUUGUCAUCGCUUCAGGACUGCCAGGACGGAGCGUCAGUGGUGUGACUUAGCCAUCUCUCUGUCACUGCUGUCCAUGUGUGAGCGUGGCUUCAAGAGGUUGCAGGAGUGCUGGGAGUGUUACAGUGACAAGCUGACUGAGCCCGGCGUUUACCAGCCCCUGCUCGCCAUCACUGCCAAGCUGCGACGCGGUGCCAAGCUCCAAUUCAAGAGCCAAGUAGAGGAGUUCGAGAAGCGGCUGACUGCGGUCCACACACGCGGCUUGGAAAAUGUGGAAAGUCCUGAUAUGAAUGAAGAGGACCAAAAAGAGGGAGAAUCUUCUGAUAAGACACUAAUGCGGAAGUCUAAGAGAGGUAAAUCAAAGCAGUCAGUUUGCAGCCGCGAUGACAGUUUUGUGACUCCUCGAAAAACUCGCAAGUCAAAGAAACCUGCUAUUACUUUCUCCAGUGAUGAGGAGGAGGACGAAGAGGAUGCUGUGUUGACGGAGAGCGAGACCCCUAAAGUCACCACGCCAAUUUCCCGCACAUCUCGCCGAUCUCGCCUCAGAAACUGAUUUUCCUUUUUUUGUUUUUUAAUACUGUCUCUUUUAAAAAUCCUUUUAUUGUUCAACAUUUUUCAUAUUUUACUUGUUUGUUUUUAGAUAACCUUGUAUAUUUUUUAAACUGUGAUUUUUGCUUAGCAAGCACUGAUUAAUCAUGUGUAGAGAAGUUGGAGUCAGGACAUAAUUGUAAUAAACCCGCGCCAGGUGUGGUUGGUUCAAAACUCCCGA